AGCAGCAGAUACAGUGCAAAAGAGGGAGUUGAAAGAUGAGAGGUUAUUGAAAAAUCACCAAAUCCUGAAAAGACCCAUAGAAGGUGGCUAGAGACAGGUGCAUGCGCUCUCAUGCGUGGAUUUGGUGGAGGCAUGUGGGACUCACGCGUAGAGAAGACGGAUGCGCGUGACAGCGCGUGCAGUGUCGGUUGGCGACGGGAAAAGCACCAUCAUGCUCACCGAAGGAUUGUGUGGCGGUGUUUAUUGGUUUUGGAUGGUGGGUUGCACUAGAAAAGGGGCAGCUGAUGUUGGCACAGCUGUAACAGAGCAAAAAAAGGACAGAAGAGUGACAGCUGGUGUAAAGCAUAGUUGUGUUUGAAAGAAAAAAAUCACUGGAAACACACACAGUGAAGGCAGCGCUUUUGAGGCAGCUGUAGUGUCGAGGCUGGUUGCUAGAAAGGCAGCUGUAGUGUUGGAGCUGUAUGAAGGCAAAAAAUUGAAAGACUGAAAAGGCGGUGUUUUGAUAGAAUCAGAACCAAAACCUGCUCUAAUACCAUAUGAUGCAGGUGCAACUGAGAGGUGUGAAUGAGAAGGAAGAAGUCAUUAGGAAGAUCAAAGAUGCAGUUCAAAGCACAAAACCAGGUUCCUGGAUUUUGGGUGGUGGAUGGAACAAUGAUCAAUGGGGAGGAGAUUUGCCUACUGCCUAUUGGAUCGAUGACAUUACACCUAAUAAUCCUGUUUGGCUUUCAAGAAUGGAUGGACACAUGGGAUGGGCUAAUUCAGUGGCGCUAUCGCUGGCUGGGAUUACAAAUUUAACCAAUAAUCCAAGAGGAGGAACUAUAAUGAGGACUGCUGAUGGAGAACCUACGGGAUUGCUAAUUGAUUCUGCAAUGACACUAGUAGUCUCCCAAAUUCCUGAGCGUUCUAUAGAUGACCGGAGGGAAGCAUUGCAAAGAGCAAGCAAUCUUGCUUUGACAAAGGGUGUGACAACAGUUGUUGAUAUGGGAAGAUAUUUUCCAGGGGUUUCAUCAGAUCUUUCUUGGGAAGAUUUUACAGAUGUGUAUCUGUGGACCAAUGCUAUGUCAAAAAUGAAAGUUAGAGUGUGUUUGUUUUUUCCAAUGGAGACAUGGAAACGGUUUGCGGAUCUGGUUAAUAAAAUGGGCCAUGCCUUAAGUCAAUGGGUUUAUUUCGGCGGUGUUAAAGCUUUUGCUGAUGGAUCUUUGGGUUCCGGUAGUGCAUUGUUUUAUGAGCCUUUUCAAGAUGAGCCUGACAACUAUGGCUUACAAGUGACAGAACCUGAUGUUCUUCUCAACAUGACAUUGGAGUCAGAUUUAUCGGGUCUUCAGGUUGCAAUUCAUGCUAUAGGAGACAGGGCAAAUGACUUGAUCUUGGAUUUACACAGUUCAAUUGCUUCUACAAAUGGAAUGAGGGAUCGAAGAUUCAGGAUUGAGCAUGCUCAGCACUUGGCACCUGGUACUCCAUCUCGAUUUGGCAAAGAAGGAGUUAUUGCUUCUGUGCAGCCAGAUCACUUAUUGGAUGACGCCAAUUCUGCUGGUAAAAAGCUUGGCGAUGAUAGAGCUGAAAGAGAAUCAUAUUUGUUUAAGUCACUCUUAGAUUCGAAUGCAUUAGUUGCAUUUGGUUCUGAUUGGCCGGUGGCAGAUAUCAAUCCCUUGAGUGGCAUUAAGACAGCAGUGAGAAGAAGACCUCCUACUUGGAAAGAUGCAUGGAUUCCAUUAGAGUGCGUCUCAUUAGAAGAUGCAAUUAAGGCGUAUACAAUUUCUGCUGCUCGUGCAAGCUUCAUCGACAAUGAUCUUGGAUCUCUAUCUAUUGGAAAACAAGCAGAUUUUGUGAUAUUAUCCACUGAUUCAUGGAAUGACUUUGCUGAAGCAGCAUCUGCUUCUAUUGAGGCAACAUAUGUUUCUGGAAUGAAAGCAUAUCCUUGAAACCCUUAUAUGUUUUGGUUGUGUCGUAUGAUUGAAAUUGAAAUGUAUUCUUAGUAUUUUAACUAAUAUGUAUCAAUGAAAUAAUUUCUUUUCAUAGAAUGAAAUCAUUUGAGUUUAAUAAAAAUACAUUGCCAUUGUAAA